AUGGGACAGGGUGCAGACAAAAACCGUGCCGGGAGGAGUGCUUUGAUAGUGGAGGGCUGCGUGGAGCUGGAGUGUUCCGGCCCAGCAGUGUCUAAGGAUUUUGAUUCAUUUCGACAUAUCGCAGAUUUGGCAGACCGGCAAGCCAUAGAAGAAGGGCGCUCAUUGCCUGUCGAUCGGGCGACUCACACAGAAGCCGCCCUCCGAACUAGGGCACGCCUCAGAGAGCUGAUAUCAGAUCCAGCAAAGCUGAAGCGAACGGUGAAAUUGAGUCGCAUGCCCAAAGAUCAAUACGAGGCUGUCGUGACGGGCAUGACUUUGAGCUCCAUGGACGUCCAGCAGCUCCGGUGA